CCUUCUCAGGAAUAUUCCAGUCAUGGUGAAUAUUUGUCAUUUGAGGGUGUGUUUGAGCCAUAGACACAGUCAGAUGUCUUUUGACAUUCAAUCUUGUGACUAGCCUGGGGUUGUGAAUGGACUGGGUAACCUCUUGAAUAGAGACUGUGGCAGCAGAGGAGGUGGGGGUAGGGUAAUAAUAGUAAAGGAUGCUCGUGUGGCAUCCUAGCCCAGUCUGGGACCAGUACAAUCAAUCACAGAGCGAUUGGCACAUGGUUGGCUUUUAGCAAUGGAGGGUGCCCUUAGGCCCUGUGUUUCCAGCCCUUGCUUCAGAGCUGAGGAAGCCAUGGACCAACCCUCCCCAAGCAAGGGCUACCAUUAAUGAGCUCCUCCCUUCUCCACCCUGCAGGUACUGUGUUUCCCUCGGAGGCGCUCCUGGAGGCAACUACAGCAGAAGGUAACAUCUACUAUGGGGGAUCCCUGUGGGCUCAUUACCCCACUGCACCCCUAGGUUCAUCUCUGAUCCAGAAGAGGUGCAGAGGGCAUAGAAAGUAGUGAGCUGGCGUCAUGUGCUCAGGUAGUGUGGAUGUCACCUUACACUGUGUAUGUGCAACUCUGAGUCAAUAUCACCACACAUGAGCUCAUGUGUAUACUUAUGAGUGUGCUCUAUAGUUUACUUGCUUUGAUGUAAGUCAUGUCUUAAUUGAUGUUGGAGGGCAGGUGGUACCGCCCCUUUUCAUAGAUAGUGCAGGUCAAUGGAUCAUCUGCCUGUCUUUCUGAAGCUGAAUGUGGUGGAGGCAGGCUUCAGUCUCAGCCCCCCGGAGUCUGCUGAUACAAUCACCUCAUAGACUGGUUCUGAUGAGCAGCAUCGCGACCACCCCUGGCCUAGGAUACCAAAUAUAUAUCUUCCUAAGUGGCAGUUUCUCCUCUUUUAAAGGAUGAGGAGGAUGGAGGGUUUUUUAAAUCCACAAAGAAACCUCCAAGGACACUGUCCCAUGGUGUGUUCCCCAAAGAGGAGUUUCUGGUUAAACUGUCUACUUUGAGAGUAACUCUGGCAUUUGGAGUGUGGGCUGGACUGAGCUCAGGCUACCAUGCCUGGGGUGUGCCCUUGAUAAUCCAGCUACCAAGUGGGACUGGGCUCCCCAAGGGGGCAUCGUCCCCCAUGCAGCCGCUUUGUGAGUGGCUUAGUGUUGCAUUCUGGAAAGGUUGGUUUGCUUUCAAAACCACCUUUUUUCUAGUUGAACCACCUUCUCAGGAAUAUUCCAGUCAUGGUGAAUAUUUGUCAUUUGAGGGUGUGUUUGAGCCAUAGACACAGUCAGAUGUCUUUUGACAUUCAAUCUUGUGACUAGCCUGGGGUUGUGAAUGGACUGGGUAACCUCUUGAAUAGAGACUGUGGCAGCAGAGGAGGUGGGGGUAGGGUAAUAAUAGUAAAGGAUGCUCGUGUGGCAUCCUAGCCCAGUCUGGGACCAGUACAAUCAAUCACAGAGCGAUUGGCACAUGGUUGGCUUUUAGCAAUGGAGGGUGCCCUUAGGCCCUGUGUUUCCAGCCCUUGCUUCAGAGCUGAGGAAGCCAUGGACCAACCCUCCCCAAGCAAGGGCUACCAUUAAUGAGCUCCUCCCUUCUCCACCCUGCAGGUACUGUGUUUCCCUCGGAGGCGCUCCUGGAGGCAACUACAGCAGAAGGUAACAUCUACUAUGGGGGAUCCCUGUGGGCUCAUUACCCCACUGCACCCCUAGGUUCAUCUCUGAUCCAGAAGAGGUGCAGAGGGCAUAGAAAGUAGUGAGCUGGCGUCAUGUGCUCAGGUAGUGUGGAUGUCACCUUACACUGUGUAUGUGCAACUCUGAGUCAAUAUCACCACACAUGAGCUCAUGUGUAUACUUAUGAGUGUGCUCUAUAGUUUACUUGCUUUGAUGUAAGUCAUGUCUUAAUUGAUGUUGGAGGGCAGGUGGUACCGCCCCUUUUCAUAGAUAGUGCAGGUCAAUGGAUCAUCUGCGUCUUUCUGAAGCUGAAUGUGGUGGAGUAAAGGAUGCUCAUGUGACAUCCUAGCCAGCCUGGGACCAGUACAAUGACAGAGCGAUUGGCAAAUGGUUGGCUUUUAGCAAUGGAGGGUGCCCUUCGGCACUGUGUUUCCAGCCCUUGCUUCAGAGCUGAGGAAGCCAUGGACCAACCCUCCCCAAGUGAGGGCUACCAUUAAUGAGCUCCUCCUUUCUCCACCCUGCAGGUUCUGUGUUUCCUACAGAGGCGCCCCUGGAGUCAACUGCAGCAGAAGACAGUUGGCCUGUCAGGACAUCACCUGUACCCACAGAAGGAUCUGAAUCCAGUUUGGCCCUGAGGCUGGUGAAUGGAGGUGACAGGUGUCAGGGCCGAGUGGAGGUCCUAUACCGAGGCUCCUGGGGCACCGUGUGUGAUGACUCCUGGGACACCAGUGACGCCAAUGUGGUCUGCAGGCAGCUGCGCUGUGGCUGGGCCACGUCAGCCCCAGGAAAUGCCCGGUUUGGCCAGGGCUCAGGACCCAUUGUCCUGGAUGACGUGCGCUGCUCAGGACAGGAGUCAUACCUGUGGAGCUGCCCCCACAAUGGCUGGCUCUCCCACAACUGUGGCCAUAGUGAAGACGCUGGUGUCAUCUGCUCAGGACCUGAAUCCAGUUUGGCCCUGAGGCUGGUGAAUGGAGGUGACAGAUGUCAGGGCCGAGUGGAGGUCCUAUACCGAGGCUCCUGGGGCACUGUGUGUGAUGACAGCUGGGACACCAAUGAUGCCAGUGUGGUCUGCAGGCAGCUGGGCUGUGGCUGGGCCACAUCAGCCCCAGGAAGUGCCCGGUUUGGCCAGGGCUCAGGACCCAUUGUCCUGGAUGAUGUGCGCUGCUCAGGGAAUGAGUCGUACCUGUGGAACUGCCCCCACAAUGGCUGGCUCUCCCACAACUGUGGCCAUCAUGAAGACGCUGGUGUCAUCUGCACAGGUGGGUCUCCAAGACUUUGGGUCUCCUCUCUUGGGUUCUUGUGUUCCCCUGUAGGACCUGAAUCCAGUUUGGCCCUGAGGCUGGUGAAUGGAGGUGACAGGUGUCAGGGCCGAGUGGAGGUCCUAUACCGAGGCUCCUGGGGCACCGUGUGUGAUGACAGCUGGGACACCAAUGAUGCCAAUGUGGUCUGCAGGCAGCUGGGCUGUGGCUGGGCCACAUCAGCCCCAGGAAAUGCCCGGUUUGGCCAGGGCUCAGGACCCAUUGUCCUGGAUGACGUGCGCUGCUCAGGCUACGAGUCCCACCUGUGGAACUGCCCCCACAAUGGCUGGCUCUCCCACAACUGUGGCCAUAGUGAAGACGCUGGUGUCAUCUGCUCAGGACCUGAAUCCAGUUUGGCCCUGAGGCUGGUGAAUGGAGGUGACAGGUGUCAGGGCCGAGUGGAGGUCCUAUACCGAGGCUCCUGGGGCACCGUGUGUGACGACAGCUGGGACAUCAAUGAUGCCAGUGUGGUCUGCAGGCAGCUGGGCUGUGGCUGGGCCACAUCAGCCCCAGGAAAUGCCCGGUUUGGCCAGGGCUCAGGACCCAUUGUCCUGGAUGAUGUGCGCUGCUCAGGGGAUGAGUCGUACCUGUGGAACUGCCCCCACAAUGGCUGGCUCUCCCACAACUGUGGCCAUAGUGAAGACGCUGGUGUCAUCUGCUCAGCCGCCCAGUCCCAUUUGACGCCCAGGUCAGACCUGUUGUCGACCAGCACCUUACCUGCAUCGACAGUAGGAUCUGAAUCCAGUUUGGCCCUGAGGCUGGUGAAUGGAAGUGACAGGUGUCAGGGCCGAGUGGAGGUCCUAUUCUGAGGCUCCUGGGGCACUGUGUGUGAUGACAGCUGGGACACCAGUGAUGCCAAUGUGGUCUGCAGGCAGCUGGGCUGUGGCUGGGCCACAUCAGCCCCAGGAAAUGCCCGGUUUGGCCAGGGCUCAGGACCCAUUGUUCUGCAUGAUGUGCGCUGCUCAGGACACGAGUCCUACCUGUGGAGUUGCCCCCACAGAGGCUGGCUCUCCCAUAACUGUGGCCAUCAUGAAGACGCUGGUGUCAUCUGCUCAGUUUCCCAGUCCCAGUCGACACCCGGUCCAGACACUUGGCUGACCUCACCUGCGUCAACAGCAGGAUCUGAAUCCAGUUUGGCCCUGAGGCUGGUGAAUGGAGGUGACAGGUGUCAGGGCCGAGUGGAGGUCCUAUACCAAGGCUCCUGGGGCACCGUGUGUGAUGACUACUGGGACACCAAUGAUGCCAAUGUGGUCUGCAGGCAGCUGGGCUGUGGCUGGGCCACAUCAGCCCCAGGAAAUGCCCGGUUUGGCCAGGGCUCAGGACCCAUUGUCCUGGAUGAUAUGCGCUGCUCAGGGCACGAGUCCUACCUGUGGAACUGUCCCCACAGAGGCUGGCUCUCCCACAACUGUGGCCAUCAUGAAGACGCUGGUGUCAUUUGCUCGGUUUCCCAGUCCCAGUCGACACCCGGUCCAGACACUUGGCUGACCUCACCUGCGUCAACAGCAGGAUCUGAAUCCAGUUUGGCCCUGAGGCUGGUGAAUGGAAGUGACAGGUGUCAGGGCCGAGUGGAGGUCCUAUUCUGAGGCUCCUGGGGCACUGUGUGUGAUGACAGCUGGGACACCAGUGAUGCCAAUGUGGUCUGCAGGCAGCUGGGCUGUGGCUGGGCCACAUCAGCCCCAGGAAAUGCCCGGUUUGGCCAGGGCUCAGGACCCAUUGUUCUGCAUGAUGUGCGCUGCUCAGGACACGAGUCCUACCUGUGGAGUUGCCCCCACAGAGGCUGGCUCUCCCAUAACUGUGGCCAUCAUGAAGACGCUGGUGUCAUCUGCUCAGUUUCCCAGUCCCAGUCGACACCCGGUCCAGACACUUGGCUGACCUCACCUGCGUCAACAGCAGUUUCCCAGUCCCAGUCGACACCCGGUCCAGACACUUGGCUGACCUCACCUGCGUCAACAGCAGCUGCUCAGUCCCAGUCAACGCCCAGGCCAGAUACUUGGCUGACCACCAACUUACUGACACCGCCAAUAGGAUCUGAAUCCAGUUUGGCCCUGAGGCUGGUGAAUGGAGGUGACAGGUGUCAGGGCCGAGUGGAGGUCCUAUACCGAGGCUCCUGGGGCACCGUGUGUGAUGACAGCUGGGACACCAAUGAUGCCAAUGUGGUCUGCAGGCAGCUGGGCUGUGGCUGGGCCACAUCAGCCCCAGGAAAUGCCCGGUUUGGCCAGGGCUCAGGACCCAUUGUCCUGGAUGACGUGCGCUGCUCAGGACAGGAGUCCUACCUGUGGAACUGUCCCCACAGAGGCUGGCUCUCCCACAACUGUGGCCAUCAUGAAGACGCUGGUGUCAUUUGCUCAGCUGCUCAGUCCCAGUCAACGCCCAGGCCAGAUACUUGGCUGACCACCAACUUACUGACACCGCCAAUAGAUACUUGGCUGACCACCAACUUACUGACACCGCCAAUAGGAUCUGAAUCCAGUUUGGCCCUGAGGCUGGUGAAUGGAGGUGACAGGUGUCAGGGCCGCGUGGAGGUCCUAUACCGAGGCUCCUGGGGCACCGUAUGUGAUGACUACUGGGACACCAAUGAUGCCAAUGUGGUCUGCAGGCAGCUGGGCUGUGGCUGGGCCACGUCAGCCCCAGGAAAUGCCCGGUUUGGCCAGGGCUCAGGACCCAUUGUCCUGGAUGAUGUGCGCUGCUCAGGACAGGAGUCCUACCUGUGGAACUGUCCCCACAGAGGCUGGCUCUCCCACAACUGUGGCCAUCAUGAAGAUGCUGGUGUCAUUUGCUCAGCUGCUCAGUCCCAGUCAACGCCCAGGCCAGAUACUUGGCUGACCACCAACUUACUGACACCGCCAAUAGGAUCUGAAUCCAGUUUGGCCCUGAGGCUGGUGAAUGGAGGUGACAGGUGUCAGGGCCGAGUGGAGGUCCUAUACCGAGGCUCCUGGGGCACCGUGUGUGACGACUACUGGGACACCAAUGAUGCCAAUGUGGUCUGCAGGCAGCUGGGCUGUGGCUGGGCCACGUCAGCCCCAGGAAAUGCCCGGUUUGGCCAGGGCUCAGGACCCAUUGUCCUGGAUGACGUGCGCUGCUCAGGACAGGAGUCCUACCUGUGGAACUGUCCCCACAGAGGCUGGCUGUCCCACAACUGUGGCCAUAAUGAAGACGCUGGUGUCAUCUGCUCAGCCACCCAAAUAAAUUCUACUGUGUCAGAUUGGUGGCAUCCAACAACUACAAUCACUACAAGACCCUCUUCAAAUUGUGGUGGCUUCUUAUUCAGUGCCAGUGGGACAUUCUCCAGCCCAUCCUACCCUGCAUACUACCCCAACAAUGCUAAGUGUGUUUGGGAAAUAGAAGUGAAUUCUGGUUAUCGCAUAAACCUGGGCUUCAGUAAUCUGCAGCUGGAGGCACACUAUAACUGCAGUUUUGAUUAUGUUGAAAUCUUUGAUGGAUCAUUAAAUAGCAGUCACCUGCUGGGGAAAAUCUGUAAUGAUACCAGGCAAAUAUUUACAUCUUCUUACAACCGAAUGACCAUUCACUUUCGAAGUGACAUCAGUUUCCAAAACACCGGCUUUUUGGCUUGGUAUAACUCUUUCCCAAGCGAUGCCACCUUGAGGUUGGUCAAUUUAAACUCAUCCUACGGUCUAUGUGCUGGGCGUGUUGAAAUUUACCAUGGUGGCACCUGGGGGACAGUUUGUGAUGACUCCUGGACCAUUCACGAAGCUGAGGUGGUCUGCAGACAGCUGGGGUGUGGACGUGCAGUUUCAGCCCUUGGAAACGCCUAUUUUGGCGCUGGCUCUGGCCCCAUCACCCUGGACGACGUAGAGUGCUCAGGGUCGGAAUCCACUCUCUGGCAGUGCCGGAACCGAGGCUGGUUCUCCCACAACUGUCGUCACAACGAAGAUGCUGGUGUCAUCUGCUCAGGAAACCCACUAUCGACACCUGCUCCUUUUCUCAACGUCACCCCUCCAAACACAAAUUAUUCCUGUGGAGGCUUCCUGUCCCAACCAUCAGGGGACUUUUCCAGCCCAUUCUAUCCCAGGAACUAUCCGAACAAUGCCAAGUGUGUGUGGGACAUUGAGGUGCAAAACAACCACCGUGUGACGGUGGUCUUCAGAGAUGUCCAGCUUGAAGGUGGCUGCAACUAUGAUUACGUUGAAGUUUUCGAUGGCCCCUACCACAGUUCCCCUCUCAUUGCUCGAGUUUGUGAUGGGGCCAGAGGCUCCUUCACUUCCUCCUCCAACUUCAUGUCCAUUCGCUUCGUCAGUGACCACAGCAUCACGAGGAGAGGGUUCCGGGCUGAGUACUAUUCCAGUCCCUCCAAUGACAGCACCAACCUGCUCUGUCUGCCAAAUCACAUGCAAGCCAGCGUGAGCAGGAGCUACCUCCAAGCCUUGGGCUUUUCUGCCAGUGACCUUGUCAUUUCCACCUGGAACGGAUACUACGAGUGUCGGCCCCAGAUAACGCCGAGCCUGGUGAUAUUCACAAUUCCCUACUCAGGCUGCGGCACCUUCAAGCAGGUAGACAAUGACACCAUCGACUAUUCCAACUUCCUCACAGCAGCUCACGUGGCAUCACGUGGCAUCAUCACAAGGAGGAAGAACUUCCGUAUUCACCUCAGCUGCAGGAUGCUUCAGAACACCUGGGUCAACACCAUGUACAUUGCUAAUGACACCAUCCAGGUCGAGGAAGUCCAGUAUGGCAAUUUUGACGUGAACAUUUCCUUUUAUACUUCCUCCUCUUUCUUGUAUCCUGUGACCAGCCACCCUUACUAUGUGAAGCUGAACCAGGACUUGUACGUUCAGGCUGAAAUCCUCCAUUCUGAUGCUGCACUGACCUUGUUUGUGGACACCUGCGUGGCAUCACCAUACUCCAAUGACUUCACGUCUUUGAAUUAUGAUCUAAUCCGAAGUGGAUGCGUGAGGGAUGACACCUACGGAUCCUACUCCCAGCCGUCUCCUCGCAUUGCCCGCUUCCGGUUCAGGGCCUUCCACUUCCUGAACCGCUUCCCCUCCGUGUACCUGCGUUGUAAAAUGGUGGUGUGCAGGGCGUAUGACCCCUCUUCCCGCUGCAACCGAGGUUGUGUGAUGAGGUCCAAGAGGGAUGUGGGCUCCUACCAGGAAAAGGUGGACGUCGUCCUGGGUCCCAUCCAGCUGCAGACCCCCCCACGCCUAGAAGAGGAGCCUCAGUAGGUGGUCGCUCUCAGACCCCACUGCCCACCGGGGCACAGACCCCUGACUCUCGGGGACUUGGGAUGUUUCUCUUGGUGUCAUACUCCAACUCAAAUUGAGCUCUACACUGUGCUGCACCUGGUCAUACAGAGUUGAAUCAGACCUGGUUCCUGCCUUCCCCAAGGCUCAUGGUCCUUAGAGGACCCAUUGCAGGGCGAGGUCAAGAGAGUUCUGACCUGGAUGGCCCAUAGACCUGACGUCCUAGAAUCCAUGCUUCUCACCUGUGAAAUGAAAAUGUCAAUACUUACUUCUUAGCACUGUUGAGAGGGUUACAUAAAAGAAUUUUGGUGAAACUGC